UCUAAAGAAUAUACUAUAUUCUAUAUAUAUUAUAGAACGUAUAAGACUAAGAUAUUACUCUUUAGGCUAUAUAAUAGUCUAGUAACCUAUGAGCGAUAUAUAAAUAAUAUACUCAUUAAUUAUCUAGAUAACUUCCAUAUCGUCUACUUAGAUAAUAUUUUUAUCUACUCUAAGUUAGAGGCGGAAUAUAUCUAA